CAGCUCCCGCGGCGGAGCAGGAGCCGGAUGGUCAGAGGAGCCCGGCAGCCCCAGCAGCCGCGGAGUCGCCUGGCCCCCAGACUGACUGGCACAGUGGAGAAACCACCUCGAAAACGGAAAAGCAGUGUAGUCUGUCCAUUGCAGUCCUUCUGUAGGUCAUCAUCAAACAAGUGGUGUUGAUCUCUAGGAGACGGAACUCUGCACUUCUUGGACUGAAUUUGCUCUUAAAGAAAUCAUGUCCUCUGGAGGUGCUGAAGAUGACAUCCCACAGGGAGAGAGGAAAACAGUUACAGAUUUUUGUUAUCUUCUGGAUAAAUCUAAGCAGCUGUUCAAUGGGUUAAGAGAUUUGCCACAAUAUGGACAGAAGCAGUGGCAGUCCUAUUUUGGAAGAACUUUUGAUGUUUACACCAAACUCUGGAAGUUCCAGCAACAGCAUCGACAAGUCUUGGAUAAUCGGUAUGGCUUGAAGCGGUGGCAAAUAGGGGAAAUUGCUUCUAAGAUUGGGCAGCUAUACUACCAUUAUUACCUACGCACAUCUGAGACCAGCUAUCUGAAUGAGGCGUUCUCCUUCUAUUCUGCGAUCAGACAGAGAUCCUAUUAUUCUCAAGUCAAUAAAGAGGACAGACCUGAGUUGGUAGUUAAGAAGCUACGAUACUAUGCGAGGUUUAUAGUAGUUUGUCUUCUUCUCAACAAAAUGGAUGUUGUGAAGGAUCUGGUGAAGGAAUUGUCUGAUGAAAUUGAAGAUUACACUCACCGCUUUAAUACUGAAGAUCAGGUGGAAUGGAACUUGGUGCUUCAAGAAGUAGCAGCUUUCAUUGAGGCGGACCCUGUAAUGGUAUUAAAUGAUGACAACACCAUUGUGAUCACGUCUAAUCGCCUUGCUGAGACAGGAGCCCCAUUGCUGGAACAGGGCAUGAUCGUGGGGCAGUUGUCUCUGGCCGAUGCGCUCAUUAUUGGUAAUUGUAAUAACCAGGUUAAGUUCAGUGAACUAACUGUUGACAUGUUCCGGAUGUUACAAGCCCUGGAAAGGGAGCCAAUGAAUUUAGCUUCCCAGAUGAAUAAGCCAGGAAUGCAGGAAUCAGCUGACAAGCCUACCAGACGAGAAAACCCCCACAAGUAUCUGCUGUACAAACCAACCUUCAGCCAACUCUACACGUUCUUAGCAGCAUCUUUUAAGGAGCUGCCUGCCAAUAGUGUGCUUCUGAUUUACCUGUCAGCCACUGGCGUUUUCCCCACAGGUCGUUCUGAUAGUGAAGGUCCUUAUGAUUUUGGAGGGGUACUUACUAAUAGUAACCGGGAUAUUAUAAAUGGAGAUGCCAUCCAUAAACGAAAUCAAUCCCACAAGGAAAUGCACUGCCUUCACCCUGGAGACCUCUACCCUUUCACAAGGAAGCCCCUGUUCAUCAUUGUGGACUCCUCCAAUAGCGUUGCGUAUAAGAAUUUCACAAACUUAUUUGGACAGCCACUAGUCUGCUUGCUUUCUCCUACAGCAUAUCCAAAAGCUUUACAAGAUCAGUCUCAACGAGGUAGCCUCUUCACUCUCUUUUUGAACAAUCCUCUAAUGGCCUUCCUAUUUGUCUCUGGAUUGUCAAGCAUGCGUAGAGGCCUGUGGGAAAAGUGUCAAGAAUAUCUUCGAAAAAUCAACCGCGAUAUUGCCCAGCUUCUGACCCAUUCACGUUCAAUAGAUCAGGCAUUUCUCCAGUUUUUUGGAGAUGAAUUUCUUCGCUUGCUUCUCACAAGAUUUAUCUUUUGUUCAGCCACCAUGAGGAUGCACAAGAUUUUUCGGGAAACAAGAAAUUAUCCAGAAUCAUAUCCACAACUGCCAAGGGAUGAAACUGUGGAGAACCCUCAUCUCCAGAAGCACAUUUUGGAAUUAGCCUCCAUCCUGGAUGUUCGAAACGUGUUCCUGGAGAAUACCAUAGAUGACUAUUAAAACAAAAAUUCUCUUGUCAAAACAAGUUUUCAUUUGCCACAGAUUUUAAAUGGUGCAGUUUUCUAAUGGGAUGACAGACACACAGUGGUGUUACUUAGUUUUUAUUUUUUAAUUUAGGACCACCAUUUUAAAAACAAACUGAAAAAAUUGUUCAAACUUUUAGGGUAACUGUUUUAAAAUACAAUCUUUCAGGUGUUUUAAAAAACUCGAUUAAUCUUGGAAUUUUUAUUUUUUGGUUUUGAGGUGUGGAUACUUACUUCCAACAUCUAAUCCUGCACUCCAGUAGUCACUAUUCUCACCCUGAGAAGAGUAAAUCAUUUAUUUUUGUAUAAUGAGGAAAAUCCAACUUGGACCUUAAAUGUGUGGAUUUGGAAAAUAUGUAAUUGUACACAAAGAUGAAACUAGCCAGCAUGGACUACCAAAAAUCAGGAACAGAGUCCUUCCAUAAUAUUUCUUUUCAUUCCAAGUUAGUAGGUAGAAACGUGUGAUUCUUUGAAGCAUAAUCGAGACAGUUGUUGACAGUUCAUUUGAUUUGUUUAAAUACUGUCAAAAUUUCAGAAACCGUAUAGAAGUGAUUUGAUCUGAAAGUAAAUCUUUAACUGGGGUCUUGAGAUGAUAAAUAUCCGUUUGGAAUGUGUGAGUCCUGUGUUAUCGCAAGAUAUGUUUGCAUAUUUUAUUUUCUUUAUAGUCUUUGAAUGCUAGAAAUGAAAAAGAACAACUUUUAAAUAUUUAAGUCAAAACAUCAGAUUGUCAGUUUCAUAAUACAGUGUUUCCAGUAGGAAUUCUAUUUAAACUCUUAAUUCAUGAGAUCAAGUUUAAAGACUAUCUAGAUUGAAGUCGGUGGCGUACGGUACAGAGGUUGUAAUCUUUUCACCUAGUUCAAAUUUAUGAGACUUCAAGGUCAGAGAUGUUAUUAAUUUUAGUUGAAGGUAACUGAGUUGUUAUUUAACCUAAAAUGGAAGUUGCUUUUGCAUUGUCAGUUGGGAAAUAAGAUUUUUUAAAACUCCUUGUAUUUAAUAUUUUAUAUUCAUGCACAAGUUUUUUAUUAUUUUAAGUAGGACUCAGUGUAUAAUGUAAAGUUUUUUGUGUUUUUCUUCCCUGUCUUCCCCUUCAUAAUUUCACAGGCACUAGCUAUGUUUAUUUUCCUUCUUUGGACUCCGCAGCAUUCAGAUUCAGAAAUCUAUGAAUCAAAAGCCCUUCUAGCUAGUUUUCUGUGCAGGCUCGAGUUCUACCUCUGGCAGUCCCAGGGGAAAUGAAGUGACUGCUUUUGGUGCCUCUUUCCUGUGUCCCUGGGGAAAUUUUACUGUACAGUUUUUCACCUCGUUUUCAUUUCUGGCACAGAGCAUUAUUUGGGUCUAAGUUAUUCAUCUACCUGUUCCAAUUUGCUGAUUUUUCAUCUGAAGUCUUGAAGUUAUUCUUUGGUUUGGGGGACUUUGUGGUGUUUCAUUUUUUUAAUUAUUUUUGUUUGUUCUUUUAAACAUUAUUUCAAAAAGCUUUGGAAAAGUUACCCUGGAGAGAGAUUUUCUUUGCUCUGGGUUGUUUUUCAUUAUCAGAUAAAGACUGCUUUCCUUUCAUUUCAAUACCUUAAUAAACUUUGUAGCUUUCCUUUGGUAACAGAAGUCACUGGACUACAGCAAUAGACUAUCCUUAAUUGUGUGACCUUUUUUCAGUACCCCUGAAGUUCUGUGCCAGUAGUGUUCCUAACAGCACAUGUUUUCAUGUUCUCUGAUGCGUAAAAUAAUAUUUCUCAUCCUGAGCUUUGUCCUCACCUGUUUAGCGUAAAGAACACUGGUCUGAGAAGUAGGAGACCUGAGUUCUAAUCCUGGCUUUCCUGGUAACUGGCUUUAUGCCCUUUGACUAGUGUCUUCACGUCUCUGCUUUUUAGCACUCUCCUCUGUAAAAUGCAGGUGUUGGCCCGAGGUCCUAACCAAUUCUAUGGUUCUAUAAUUUGAACUCUUGGUUCCGAAAGAUAAGUGAUUUCCCCACCCUUGCCACCUGAAAAUCUAGUUUCCCUGAUUUUAAGUGUAUCUAACAUUUUCUUCCUAGAUCAUAUUUACCUAGUUUUUGGCCAAGAAAAUACUGGGUCCCACUGAGUUGUAGAAACUAGUUCAGAGAGAGAAUCUCCUGCAGAAAUUAGAGCUUUUGUGAUUAGAAACAUGUUUGAGAACAAGGGGUCUUAGAAAUCCCAUUAGGGUUUAGGUGAUGACAUUGCUCCUUAAGCUAAUAGUAGUGUAAUUCCUUACUGGUACUUAAAAAUCUGAAGUGAACUGAAAUGAUCUUGAGAGAAAAGCUGCUAGAAAAUUCUAAACUGUUUCACUCAUGCCUCCAAAAAACUUCUAUUGAACAACAACUAUGCGCCAGAUUUUGUUCUGGGCAUUGAGGAAGCAAACAAAGUAACUGAAAGGUCUUUGUCUUCAUGAAGAUUACAUUCUAGUGGGAGGAGUAAGGCAGUAAAUGUAAUAAAUAAGUACAUUAUGUUAGAAAGUUGUAAGGAGUAUGAAGAAAAUAGAGAGAAUGGUAAGGGAAAUUUUUUGUUUAUUUUUGGGCAAAGAACAAUGUUGAAAUGAGUGAUCAGGGUAAGCCUUAUUGAGAAGAUCACCUUUGUGCAAACACUUCAUAUUUCUUUGUCUUUUCUUUCUUUUUUCUACUUUUUAUUAUGAAAGUUUUAAACAUACACAGAGUUUAAUGAACCCUCUUGUACCCAUCACCCAGCUUCUACAUUUUAAGGCAUUACUUUAGUCAAGGAGGAAGAGACGUAAAAGGACAAUCACCCAAUGGGCUCAAGAUGGCAGUGGCAAAGAGUCUCAUUUUACAGUGGGUACCGCUCCCCUUUAUAAAUGUAAAAAUGUUAAGCCCUUUAUUUAUUUAUUUUUAGAACUUAUAGAAAUUUAAAUAUUGGAACUAAGAACAAAGCAAAGCAAUGGGAUUGAGCACUUGUUUGUUUUCAAAUUGCACAAACUCCCCCUGGAGAUUCUGAUACACAGUCUCUCACCUCCCUGAAGAAUCAUUGUAAACAAAACAGAAAGUAUAAGGUUGCAAGAAGUCGGUCAUACACAAAGCAAAACUAAGCACAAUGGAAUUAUUUUCUCUUUCUUUAUCCAUGUAUUUCCAAAGUUAGUCAAGCAACUACCCCUAUUUUACAGAAGAGAAAGCUGAGACCCCAAAAAGCUAUCAGAUUCUUUGUAGUGAUAGAGCUACAAAUAAAACACAUCUCCUGAUCUCAGCUCAGUCUUUCUGGCAGCUCAGGCUGCUUUCUGUAAUGAAUGAGAAAAGAAAGAAUUAGAGAUUUAUAUUUUGGCACAAAGGUUAUGAUAUUUUUUUAAUAUAGCAAAUAUUGAAACCAGUAAGUCAGCUCUAGCAAAUUUUUCUUUAUUAAUUAUAAAAAAAUCCACAAGCGAGACAUUUUAUCUUUGGUUUUAGCCAGGAUAUAUUCUUCGUUGUGUGUGUGUGUGUGUGUGUGUGUUUUCCUCCUAGGAAGUGGUGCUCUCAAAACCCGUCAAAGCACAUAGAAUUUAUUGUACCCUUUCUAUUUUUACCAAGUUGAAAUGUUUUGAGAUUAUAAAAGCCAAAUGCAGUCUAGUCAGGACUGAAAUUUUCCUGAUACAGAGUCUGGGUUUUAUUUUUUCCUCACUUGUGGCUACUGCCCUUUGUUUUCUUCUUGUGCUAGAAUUCCCUGAAACAUACUAGGUGACAAUGGAACUGAGUUUCAUUGAGGUGAAGGAAAAAAGCUACAAGGCUGAUUUAUAUAUCACUAUGGAGCUUUCUUUAGCAUUCUUUAAGUUCAAUCUCUGACCUUUGUGACUUAGUAACUUUCUGUCUCUUAGAAGGGGUUUGGACUCAGUUGAAAAAUCUUGUGCUUAGUUAUCCACGGAGACUUGUAAUCAGCCGGAUAUACAGAGAACAUUCUGGACUGGAAAUAGAGUGAGGUACCAAGGUCUGCAAACUUGGCUACUGCCAGUGAUUCAGAACCACCUCCCCACCCUAAGUGAGUAAAAAGAUUUGAUAUGAAUAUGAAUGGUAUGAAUCUCCUGGUGAUAUUUUGGGUGUAUAUGUUCCUGUGUGUGUGUUUGGAGAAUAUAAAGGGUAUUUACGUUGAGGGCUCUUUUGUUGACCUUAUUUAUUUGAAAUCUUUAUUUUAUUUGUAAUGGCAUGUGUAUAUUUUGUGAUGCUCAAUGCAAUCUCUGUGUAUACUUUUUGUAUAUAUGUACAUAUUUGUAAAUAUACUGGUAUGCAGUGAUACAGUAUGUGUAUAUUAUAUACCCAUACCCAUUGUGGGCUGAAUUUAUUUAAGUUCUGUGAGGACAUCAUAGUGGCAUUGUUCAUGCUGCUGUUAAUUAGGUUGUGACUGUAUCUCAUUCAUAAGCCUCUAUUUUGAGGGGCUUGUGUUUGGGUAAAUUGGGCUACUUUGGAGUUGAAAUUAGGCUAUGAAGAUCUUAACAGAAAGCUGGAUAUUCUUAGCUUUAAAAUCAUCUGCCAAUUUUCAUUUAAACUGAGGAUAAAUUAGUGAUAUAAACCUGAAAAACCUAAGUAUGUGAAACUGAGACACCAGCAGGUUCUUAAGCUAUAUUAGUCCUUUAUUUUCUUGACCUCUUGUUAAGUAUUAUUACUGAGUAGUAUUUAUAUUGAGAAUCAAGGGACUGUGGAAAAAACUACUUUGAUCACAUUUCAAAAUAGAUAGGAAAAUGUCCUUUAAAUUGGGAAAUAUGUUCCUAGUUGCAAUUUCAAUACCUAAUACUGAAUUUUCAUUUUGGGACAAUUUUUUUUUUUUUUUUACUGAUGUGUCUCAUUUUAUGUCUGUCUCUGUGAGGCAGAAAAAGGGGCAUUAGCUAGGGAAAGGCUUUACCUAGGUGGGGUGGAAUUUAAUGUGGGACAGGAGGUUGUUAAUCUGUAUAUUUGCAGCAGCUGUGAUUAAUUUAGUCCUGUGUUGGCAUUUCCGACUAUUGAUUUUUCUUAUUGGUGUUGCAUAUCGAAGAUGAGUAUGCUCAUCUGAGAAUAUGCUUCCAGUGAAUAAAAUGCCUCCCGUUGUAUUUAUUUGUCUCUGUGAGACCACUUUUGUUCUGCAAAUUGAUGAUAUAUUCACACAUGAAAUAGAAUUCUUAAUAUUAGGUGCAUGGUGUGCUAUAAAAUCUGGGCCAUCAAACCUCUACCAAAGAUGACGGUGGGGGAGGAUAAAAGGAUAGUAAGUAUAUGCAGUGCCAACUUGUGAACCUAUGAAAUAUCAGAGUAUCAAUGUUGAGUUACUCCUGUCUUUACUGGGCAUGUUUAUUUGCAUGGAAGAGUGUAGGAGAUGUUUGAUAUGCAUUUGAAUACAUUCACUGCAGAAAUUAAGUAGAGGUUAUUUUUGCAUGAUAAAAUAUAACUGCAGAGCAACUGUUUACCCCAUUAUUCUUCAGAAGAGUAAAUCUAUGUGAUCCGACAGUAAAUUAUCUUAAAGAGAAGUUAGUUAGGAGUCAAUUUUACUACCCCAAAAAUGUUACAUUUGCCUCUUCACUGUAUUUUUAAGAAAACAGCAAAGUAUUCAUAACACUUCAAUUACACUAAGUUUAAAAUAAAGUUAUAAUAGCCUUUUUCUUAAAUAUUAAAUUUGGUAAUGUACCGUUUCUGAAAAAUCAGUGAAAGUGUCCAUGGUGUCUGAUGUUCUGUUGUUUUAGUAACCAAACCAUUUAUUGCAAUGGGAGAGUAGCAGAGCAGAUGUUGUGCUGUUUGGAAUUCGUGGAACUGACUCAGGCUUAAUGUGGACAUUGAUUCGAGGAGCUUAGCAGCAAUAAAAAGUGCAGUAGAUGAGAUUGACAUUGUGAGUCUGACCUCUAACAGUUGUAAAGCCAGUUACUUUGCAGUUAAACAAGAUAAGAAUUGCUUAGAAAACCAAGCCCUUUCGCCCCAUUCUCCUGUCCUCUUAGACAUUGAUACUCGAUACUUAUUCGUGCUAUACCUCUGGUUCUUUCCUGGAUACUCUGGCCACUUUACCUGAAAAAAAAAUUUUUUUUAAAGGCAGUUCAUCUUCCUCAAUCUAGAUGAUCAAAACAUAAUAUUACACUGUGUCCCAGCUUCACUGAGUUUUUGUAACACGGAGACAUAUUAAGCAUGCCUUGUGUUUAAGGAAUAAUAAUUGAUGUGUGAAUGGAAUCAGUCACCUACUGAAGGGGGAAGGGUGUCAGGAUGAUGUAGGGGGACAUGCCCUUAAUUGGGUAAAGAUAAAUCUAUUAAAUUAAGUAUAAUUAAUUUGUUGGUACCAUAGAAAUAUUUCCUUUGGAAUUCUGUAGAUAUGAAAUGUUUUCUUAUGCUAAAAUUGGUAUUUUUCACUUCUUAGUUUGGUUUAAUAUUGGCUUUUGAGAAGAAUUCCAUUUCUGCAUAACAUUGUUACUUAAUCACUUAUUGAAGUACCAUUUCUUAAUUUUAAAAUAUUUUGUUAAUUUCUUCUGUGGUUUUUUUUUUUUAAAGUUAUAUUUUAAAUUAGUUAUCAAACUUCGCUAAGCACUAUGAUUUUUUAAAACAUAUUUGAACAGUAGAUGCAGAAUUUUUAAUAGUUUGAAGUAAAUUAUAUUAAUUCUGCACUCCAGAUUCAUUUAAUCAUAAAGCCUGAAUUUGGUCAUAGAACGGACUAUACGUUGGAAAUAUUUUCCUAUUUUGGUGGACAAUUCCAGGCUAUCUCCUAAGACAAUCAUCUUUUGAGGUGUAGUAUUGUUUAUUGAGACAUUGGUAAUUUCAGGGUUCAGAUUUUUCCUUUUCUGAUGGGCUUAUGGAAUGAAAGUUAAUGGACCAAGUGAUUAUAUCACUUUCAGAAUGAGAUAGGGAAUUAUAGCUAGCCUUUCUAGAUCUGCAGUAAACAAUAUUUAAAAUUUUAUCUUCUAUCACUAAUAUUCUUUUCUCUUUUAAAGCUGUUGUGAAUGUCUACUUGUCCAUGAUUGAAAAUUAAGAUUUGUAAACAUUACAAUUUCACCCGGAAGUUUUCUCAAAUGUCAAAUCUGUACAGUCUAUAAAAUGUGAAAUGAUCAUAUAUGAUAAUCCCCAAAUAAAUACUUCCAAACCAUAGAGAAAUAACCACUGUAUUUUUAAAAAUCUUAUUCCUACCCUUCUUUGCAUGUUACUGAUUUUUUUAAUAAGUUAUAAAUAUAUGUUGUGAUGUAUUAAAAAUCUACAGGAAAAACUGCUUAAAAUGUUUUAGGGCAAUAAGAAUUUUUAUUACUGUUUCCUGAAGAAUUAGUUGUUUGUUUGUUUGUUUUUAACUAAUUUCUUUAUCUUAUCAGAAAGAACUUUUAACGGUUCAGCAAAAUAUUUUAGGGCUUUGUGUUCAUGGCUUUUUAUAGUUAUCUGGGUACAUUCCUUUUGCCACAUAGACCAUAUGGCUAGUUCUCCAACCGUUUUUUGUUUUUAAUAAACCUUGCUGUUCAACAGAGUCUUCUAUUUUGGAGGCUUCUCCCAGUUGAGGUAGAAAGGUCUUAGAUAAUAGGAAAGGCAGAUACAACGUCCUAACAUUUUCAUAGUAGAGUUUACAAGUAGAUAAAUAGGUUAUCUUCAUUGUGUAGCACCAGUACAAAUAGUAAUUUCAUUAAUCAUGGAAUCAGAUAAAGCAGUUAUAAAUAAUUUUAUACUUUGCUCUAAAGAUUAUUGUUAUUUCAGGCCACGUUAUUAUUUUCUCUCAGCAAUUUCCACUGUAAGGUUGAAUAUCCUUUUUCUUUAUUCACAUCAUCACUAAAGGUUAAGAUAAUCAAAUAAGAGUUAAAAUAAGUUAUGUUUGAUCUUUUUCCCUGAAAAUAAUGGUGAACCUAUUGUCUAUAUUAUGGAUAUUAGGCAGAAAUGCACUUGUUUCAAUCAUAGCAGAAAUUACAUUUGCAGAAUAUAAUUACUUGAUUUUCUAGUGGUGUGAAAUACUUAAAAAAUUGUGCUCGUCUGUAACUGAAAUGUUAUAGAAUUGUAACACUAUAGGGAUUAUAGAGUUAUAUUUAUUAGCUCUCCUCAAGAGAUUGAAGCACAAUAAUUUUCAUGUAACAGUUCUUAUCCAAGUGCUGCUAAUCUGUCGUGCAAAUAUGAAGCUAAUUGGUUGCCUAUCUAGCUAUUCACAAAUCACUGUAAUCCUUGAGACAUAGUCUUGUUGCUCAUUUGUAUUAAAUUUUGGGUGUUGUGGGUUAAUACUUUAGAACAAAAUCCAUCAACUCAGCUCUGUGAGACAGCAAAACAUUUGGAUUCAUUAGUUUUAUAUGUGUUAUCAGUAGAAUAAAUUUUGAAGGGGCUAUUUACUACCAGUGACUAAGGGGGAAACUUAUAUUGUCAACAUCAUUUGACUUGAACUUUUGUGGUAUUGUAAAAGUCUUGUCUGUUGUGUUUCUAAAUUGCUUAAGCCAUACAUACUUUUAAGGGUGUUUUCCCGUUUUCUUCCUUUUCAGCAGCCUUUUACUGCUUUGUCUGUUAUGGUUAAUAUUUCAUAGAUUUUAGAAAUUGAGAAGUUAUUGAAACAUUUUAUUUUCUUGAGUUCAUCACUUUUGACUCUUGUAUGAUAUGUGAUUUGUCAUAAAGGAUAGCAAGCCUUUUCACUAACUACUUCACUAAAAAUUUCAGAGUAAACACUGUGAUUCUGCAGAGAGACUCAGUAGGCCCUUGUCUUUCCAAUGUUUUCUUCUGUUAUAUGGUGCCUGCCACCUUGAGGGCACUUAGAUACUAGAGGCUGGAAAGUUAAAUGUUGUUUUGAUGUUUAUUGAAUAACAAGAUUACAGAAUAUUUGAUUUUUGUUGUCAAUGUAUGGAAGACAUUUUUGCAUUGAUAAAUGUUCUCUAGGAAUGUGACUAUAUUCAUCAGGUGUGAACUCUUGUAAAUGAAUUUUGUAUCUUGAAUCUACGUAUAU